AUGCAGGUGAUGGCCAUCUCGAAGGGAGGCUCCAGCCGCUACUCGCAGGUCGUGCACGACCUGGACUACCAGUCCUGCGCGGACGUGCAGAGCCUGCCGUUCCGACCGGGCGCGCUGUCCGUCGUCAUCGGCCGCCUGGAGGUCGCCCGCGUUGCCGUCAACGACUCGGAGCAGCUGGACGCGCACCAUGGGCUGGAGCUCACGGUCUACCGCGCGGACGCCAACUCCCUGAAGGCCACCGUGCGCGAGAACCAUAUCGAGGCCAGCGACAGCGACGACGACGCCUAUUUCUUGCACCUGGUCGACGCAUAUGCUGGUGCGCGCCUCCUCGAGCUCAAAGCAAAGCGCGGGUCGUUCGAGCGGAAGCUGCCCCUGGGGACGACGUACCGCCUCAAGAAGGAGGAG